AUGGCUUUGCGUACUUUAGGAUUUUUUGCCGCUGCCCUUACGUCGGCAGCGCUAGCGUCUCCACAUCAGCUGAAUCUUCAUUAUGGCACGGCGAAAGAUUGGCCGGCGCUACGAUUUAAAUUCUCGGUCAAGCGGAGCUCUAUGCAGAUUCACGGCCAGUCCGACUUCACGAUGUUUGCCGACCCCGUCGUCUCUAAUGAUAUUGCAAGCGUGCAGUACGAUACGUUUUCAACGUUCACGGAGAACUCGGUAGCGUUCAAUUACACCGUAUUUAACGGCGUAUCUUACGUUUCUCAUCGAGCCAUGAACGAUAAAUCUUCGAGUCCGGGGGUGGAAUGCGCAAGCUCAGAUAUCUUACCGUCAAUAAAUUCCAUUAUACCAGCAUUAAGCGAAGCUGUGGCCGUGUCGAGUAUUUCAACAAGCGACGGGAAGCUUAUCGAAUGUAUGAGUGGAAAUGCGUUCAAAGUCACGUGGAAUGGAGUUAACUUCGGAUUGUGUUUUUCGGGUUCCUCGGGCUUUACGAUGUAUGGCAACGACGUGGACGUCAUGGUGGAGUACGAAAAAGCGAAAAUAUUAAUAAGCGCACCGGCAACGGACGAACAGUGUGCGAGGGCGAUCUCUUCGAGCUCAGUGACGUUGAUCGGGAAGUCUCUACUUACGGGCGAGGCAUUUUCCUUGCAGGAUACGAGAAAGUUGGAAGCCGCGUUUGGGUUUGAAUUUACGCUGUCUGAGACAGUAUGUGGAUGUAAAUCUAAGCCUCGUCCUUGCGUGUUCCUUCAUGGCUUGGCGGCCUUUAAAGAGGAAAAGGAAAAUCUCGACACGGACCCUUACUGGGGAAAUCUAACGAAUCACGCACCCUGUUGUUCGUCGAUGAUAUAUGUGAGGCUAGAAACGAUGAACACGUCCUGGACUGACCCCAAGCAGCAGCGAAAGCUUUGUCAUCAUUUGCUUGCAGUGAACGAAAACAACGAGAACUCCACUAUCUCGGAUACUAUAAUCGUGACGCACUCGAUGGGAGGACUGUUACUCGCAGCAGCGCUUGCAAGUGGGAAAUGUCAAGUUGAUUCCAGCACCAGCUGGGUAGCGAUUGCGUCUCCAAUGAGAGGAAGUAUGUCCUCUGAUUAUUUCCAGGAUUCCUGCAAGGACAACACCAACUUUGUUAUGGAAACUCUUAUCGAUUACACUGGUUUAUGCCCGGGGGGAGACGGUAUUCGGUCGUUAGCGUAUCAAGGGGAAAAACACAGUUCCAAAAAACUAGAUGCGCUGUAUAAGGCUGCGCAGCAAGCCUAUCGAACUCACGUCACUGCCGCAAUGUGCAGCGAUGGAAACACUGGGAUGCAAUCGAACAGACAAGCAGUCUACUGGGUUCUUGGGCGCACGAUGACGCACAAGUCUUCCAAAAACGACGGAAUUGUGGAAUUUUACAGCUGUGCUGGCGGGUUCCCCGAAUCCAAGUUCGGCGAUUCCUACCACGACCGAUUCUACGUGACCAAGCUCAAUCAUGCGGACGCAGCGUUCCGGAACGGCGACGCACUUAUAAACACCGAGAAGAUGCCAUUAAAGUGGUUCGAGUGCCUCCUCUAA